GCUCUACAACAAGAGGUUAGAUCCUUCAUGUCCGCAAGACCCACUCAGAUAAAUGCAGGCCCACAAAGCGCAGCGCAGUCUGCAGCGCCCGUGAUCUCCGCCGGCGGCGGCGCAGCAACAGCAGCCCAGGGCCCCACAGGCUCUGGUGCACAGGCCACCAAAGGCCCAGCAACAAGCGGCUCAGCGUCCACGGCAGGGACAGGCAACAGGAAGCAGAACCAUGGCGCGGGCGGUAAGGCACGGAAGGGCGGGGCGGGAGGAGAUGCUGGUGGGAGCGUUGCUCAGCCGAAGCCGUCCGUGGGAGGGGCGCAGCAAUUUGAGCAUGCGAUGGACACGCCGUUCCGCACCACCUCGGCGCCCCCCGCGGAACAAGCGCAGUUCAACUACCAGCAGAUAGCGUGGCGCAAUCAAACGCAGAUGCAGAUGAACAACAAUGCGGCUGCCGCCGCCGCUGCCGCCGCGGCCGCUGGCGGCGGUGGCCCUCAGCAGCAGCAGGGGAUGCAGGGAGGUCCUAUUCCCGGAGGCCCCGGUCCGGGGGGGGGACAGAUGGUCCCCGUCCCCGUUCCCGGCGCGGGGCCGGGGAUGGCGGCCAAGGGGGCGGGAGGGGCAGGAGCACCCCAUCCGGGACAGGGGCAGCAGCAGCAGCCACCGGGCGCCCAACAGCAGAUGCAGCAGCGAGGGAUGAUGCCGCAGCAGGCGGGCGGCAGAAUGGGACCUCGAGGAACCAUGCAGCAGGGGCAAAUGCACAUGCAGCAGAUGCGAGGUGGUCCCACCGCGGGUGGAUCUCCCCGGAGAACGGGCAUGGCAGCGGGCUCUUCUCAGCAGAUGCCCAUGAUGCGUCCGGGUGGGCCCCAGCAGGGGGCGCCAGGGUCCGCGGGCGGUGGAAUGCCGCUCCAGCAACAACAGCAACAGCAGCAGCAACAACCGCAGCAGCCGCAGAAGCACGGGCAGCCGCAGCAGCAGCAGCAGCAUCAGCACCAGCACCAGCACCAGCAAGUCCAGCCGCAGCACCACCCCCAGCACCCCCAGCAGCAGCCGAUGAUGUACCACCGAGUGCCCAUGCAGAUGGGGAUGUACCCCCAAGGGUUCAUCCCGCAGCAGGGGAUGGGAAUGCCGCAGGGAAUGCCGGGCCAAGUCCCAGGCCUCGCGGGCGUACCCCCCCCUCCGAGUCCCGUGGGCCCCCGAGGCUCGACUGCCGGCGUCGGCGGCGUCGGCGGCGCCACCCCGGCGGCUCCCGCGGCCCCCGGCAGCGCGGGCGGCCCGAGCGGCACGGUGGGGGUGCCCCCGUCCCCCCUUGGGGGGCCCGCGGCGCCCCCGAAGAGAAGAGCCGCACUCGAGAUCGUCGACCCGUCUACGGGAAAGCCCAUCGACUUCUCGGAGGGCGGCGGGAGGGGCGGGGGCGGGUUGGGCCCGCCGGCUGCGGCGGGGGCGGGGGCGGCGGGAGCGGUGGCCCCCGGAAGGUCUCCCAGGCUAGGGGCGGCGGGCGUUUCGGACGCGGCGAAGGAGAUGCGCGAGAAGGCGCAGGCGGCGCUCAAGGGGGAAACCCUGCCGCCGCCGUCGCCCUCUUCUUCCGCGGUGGCGGCGGCCAAGGGCGGAGGAUCGUCCGCGCCGCCCGCUACGUUCGCCGCCGGCGCGGGAGCGGCGAGUUCGCCGCCGGCGUUCAAGGGCCCGGCCCCCGCCGCCGCCGCGGCGACGUCCCGGGGCGCGCCGGCGCCGAAGGCCGACCGUGUGCCUGCCGCCGGUGAUACGGUAGAAGUGUCGUUCGGCAGCUACAGCGACCCCGCUGCCGCGGCUGCCAAGACGGACGCCGACGCUAACGCGGUGGCGGUGAAGGAGGCUGCCGCUAAGAAGGAAGCAGAAGCAGCAGCAGCAGCGGCGGCGGAGGCGGCCGCGAAGACGAAGGCCGCCGAAGAGGCUAAAAAGAAGAAAGAGGCCGAGGAGGCCGCCGCCGCGAAGGCGAAGGCCAAGGCCGCCGCAGAGGAGGCACAGAAGCAAGCCGACUUGAAAAAGAAGGCGGCGGAGGAGGAAGCCCGCGCGAAGAAGGAAGCAGAGGCCAAGAAGGCGGCGGCGGCGGCCGCUGACGCCAAGGCGGCCGCAGCGAAGAAGGCUAGCGAAGAUGCAAAGGCAGCCAAGGCUAAGGCCGACGCUGAGGAAAAAGCGGCCUCUGCCGCAAAGGAGGCAGCCAAGAGGAAGACAGCUAGUAGUACCACCACAAAGGUGCUGGCGUGUCACGCCCGCAGACACUCAUGUCUUCGCGCGAGCACUGGGGUCCCAACGGGCAUGAAAAUGUAA